CAACUAUUGUUGUCAAAGUAUAUAUUUUUUAUCGAUUUCAGAGGCAAAGAGUACAUAAGUCAUUCAUAUUUUUAAAACAAUUGAGCUUCGUCUGUUAAACAAAGAAUUAAAUCAAUUUGAUUAACAUAAAAAUAAAAAAUACAAACAAUUUAUUAUUGAUUAAAAUUUUAAUAACUAAAUUCAUAAAAAAAAUAACUUCUCCGCUACUUCAAAAAGUCCUUUGGAGCCUCCUCACAAAAUUCACCAAUGCUUUAAUUACAGUUUUAUUUAAAUUCGAGAUGAGUUCUAACCUCAUUCUAAGUGUUUUUAUUUUUAUUUAAUCCACUUGUUUUGAAUUAAAUAUGUAUGGCUUUGACCUUUUCUCACCUUAUAAUUUUUUCGUUAUGGACUUUGUUUCCCUUUGCCUGUCGGCUAUUUCGGGCUCUAAUUAAUUGAAGGCUUAAGAAUUUGAUGAUAUGGCACCGGCCGCUGCAGCCACGAAACUAAAACCUGAUGAGGAUCCUUUAGGAAUAAGGGCCGUGCUACUUGGCCCUCCUGGAUCCGGUAAGGGGACUCAGGCUCCUCGUCUGAAAGAAAAGUAUUGUGUUUGUCACCUAUCCACUGGUGACAUGCUGCGUGCUGAAGUCUCAUCGGGAUCAGACCUGGGACGACGCCUUAAGAAGGUCAUGGAUGAGGGCAAACUUGUUUCCGAUGAAAUGGUGGUUGAUAUGAUUGACAAGAACUUGGAUCAACCUGAGUGCAAGAAUGGUUUCUUACUUGAUGGAUUCCCUAGAACUGUACCCCAGGCUGAGAAGUUGGACGAUCUAUUGGCGAAGCGCAAGACUGCACUGGACGCCGUAAUCGAGUUCGGAAUCGAGGACAGUCUGCUCGUAAGGAGAAUUACGGGCAGACUGAUUCACCCACCUAGUGGUCGUAGCUAUCACGAAGAGUUCCACCCGCCGAAGAAACCAAUGACUGACGAUGUCACCGGAGAAGCUUUGAUAAAAAGGUCCGACGACAAUGUCGAGGCUCUGAAGAAACGCUUAGCUACAUAUCAUGCUCAAACGGUUCCUUUAGUAGACUAUUACAUGAGGAAAGGUCUACAUUGGCGCGUCGAUGCAUCGAAAGCCGCUGACGACGUCUUCAACAAAAUCGAUAAUAUCUUUAAGAGUAGAAUUUUCAGCAGAGCACGGUCUGCUUUGUAACACUACCAGUACUUAAACUAACGAAGUGUACAAAUCUUAUACAGUGUUUUUUUUUCGAACCGAACAUUACUUAUAAGCUACCUUUGUGAAAAUAUAGUUAUCAAUUUUAUAGACUAUUUUUCUUGAAUACAACAGAAUGAAAUCGCAA